AUGUUCAAGUACUUCCCCAGGCUCCCGCUUAAGGUGCGCGCCAGAAUCUGGGAAAUGGCCUUUGACAGCAGGGUUCUGGGUCCUGGUUUACUCAGGUACAAACUGGCCCAAGCCAAGUUGGCAAGCAAGGAGUCUUGGGCAGAGAACCUGAGACAGCCAUCCAUGAGCAUCAGAGGCAGAACUAUCCACUUCAACCCGGAGACCGACACCAUCAUCUUCAGCUGUACUGAUGAGUUCAUGCCCCCGGCUGACGACCCGCGACUCCAGCACCACUACUUCCACGACUACCGGCUGUAUGCUACAAGGAACAAUCCCCUUGGCCCGAACAAUCCGAAUGCUGUACUGAAACGCCCGCUGCUCCCUCAUCCUAUCGUCCCUCAUCCCAAAAUUCGGACCGCAAUGAUCCUCUCAGGAUUUGACGGCUCCCAUAACAGACUGGACUGGAAUGGGAUCGAUAAGUGGGAACCCCAUGCGACGACCCCGAGCGAUCUUGUCGAGAUGCAGGGCCGAUACCCCAUCACAGAGCUACCUGGGACGCUCUUCACCAACUUCCCGGCUCUGGAGACGCUGUGGAGGGCUGGGAGCUACCCUUGGGCCUUCUUUAUGAUGGACUCCGAGUACACUUACGGAGUCUUGCGCCCCAUGUGUGUCGAGUUCCGAUACUUCGUCCAGUCUAACCAGGUCAUGAUCCGAGAGAUGACUAGAUCCGACAAACGUGACUUCUGGUCGAUCCAGAUGAGCAGCGUCCGAGGUGGCAUCCACCAGCCUCAGACCUACCGCAUGGUGGCAUGCAUUCGCAUCGUCCGAGGAAGGGCGAUGACGCCUGCCGACACAAGAGACGGAUGGCGAGCCGUGCUGACGGCCGAAGAGGAGGAGACCCGGCGAUGGAGAAACCGGUUUCAAAGCCCCGAGCCGCAGCCGCCUCAGAGACUCAUUGCCGCCUUUCCUGACAGAAUCCUCUGGCGUCUUUUUGGCGGCGAGUUGGCACGCUACGUUCUCUGA